ACAAAAACAACAGCAACAACAACAUCUACUUGUAAAUAAAGUGACAUGAGGCCUAAACAACAACACCAACAACAACAGGCAGCAGCAGCACAAAAAACCCAAAUCGCAAACGAUUAAAAAACGAGCACAGCGAAGGAUCCUCGAAAAAAAAAAAAAUAAAACAUAAAGACGAAAAAAAAAAACACCUCAACAAAGAACAAAAAGGCAACAUACGAAAAAUACGCGAACAAAGCAACCCAAAAACUGAACAGCGUCGGCCGAAGAAACAAGCCAAACAGAUACCCCCCAGUAGGCAGCCGCCUACACCACCCUGCCUCCCUCACCCACCCAACCUACUCGCUCCAAACCGCCCACCCGCAAAGUAUAACUGCAGCUUCCAACUUCAGCGGGCGAUAAAGAAACCCAACAAGCAGAGCAAACAAAAAGUGCGCAUUGUUUUUGCCAUUGUCAUUCAACUGGCCUACACCCACCACCCCCUACCCCACACCCCACCCCUCCAGACCCCUGCAAGGCCCCCGUCCAGAUCCCAACGCAUCACUCUGCUGAGAGAGUGUCAACAGUGUUGGGCUUAUUGUUCGAAACGCCUUUGGGCACUCAAUUAAGCCCCCAAUUCAAGGCAAGCAAGUUGAAAGCUUUGACAAGCCUUGCCACGCCCCCACACCCUUAAGUGGGUGCUGAGGUGGCUGAGGUUGGUGAGGUACACACACAAACACACACACAUACACGAGACGAGGAGCGGAGAAGAGAGGAGAGGCAACGAGUGGGGUGGUGGAGAGUUGGCCCUAGUCAGCCCUGGCAUUUGAGUUGAUGUGACAAUGAAACUGAGCGUCAGCGCGUAUCGGGCGCAUGCAUCCGCACAUAAGAAGAUCCUCUCCAGCGGUUAUCAUUCGCAGCUCAACUACGGCAGCACUGGAGCCGCCGCAGCAUCCUCAUCAUCAUCGGCGGCAGCAGCGGCGGCAACUGCAACGGGCCUAUAUACGAUGGAAACGCAUGAGCAUGGUGGCAAGUACGCAAAGGAUAUGUCCAGGCUUGACUGCAACAGCGACACGGACGUCAUCAGUCCAACGGGCACCAGCAGUUCUGGCGGCGGUGGGGGUGGAGGCGGAGGCGGAGGCGGAAGCGGCGGUUGUGCACAAGCGGAAUGCGGCGGCAGCAGCAGCAGCAGCCAUCAUCAUAAGCGUCAUCACAAAAGCGGCAGCGCCUCAGCAGCGGCGGCAGCAGCAGCGGCGGCCAACAACGAUGAUGACAACAACAGUGCGGCACAUUCGUCCGACAGCAAGAGUCCCAGUCAGCGGAAAUCGCGUAUCGGAGAUGGAGCUUCAGAUCCAGAUUCCGAUUGGACACGCUCGAAUCAACGCUGGAUGAAACUCCGCACCACAGUUCAAAUCUCAUCGGCCAUACAGAAGAAACCACCGCUCAAGCGCGAAGACUCUUUCCUAAAGCGUUUCUCAACUAGACAGAUACCCGAAACACAGGAAACUGUUGAAGACACGGGUUCAGAAAGUGCCUCUGGUGACGUCGAUAAAACAGUGAAACGUAGACGACGCUAUCUGCAGAAACGACGAUCCGUUGUUAAUCCAGAUGAAAAUUUUUACUUCUAUUGGUUAAUGAUGUUAACUAUAUGUGUUCUUUAUAAUCUAUGGACCCUAAUUGUGAGGCAGAGCUUUCCUGAACUGCAGCAAUCUGUGCCUACCUUUUGGCUCAUCUGCGAUUCAAUUACAGAUGUUGUAUUUAUCUUAGAUAUAAUAGUUCAAUUACGCACAGGCUAUCUGGAGCAGGGCCUCAUGGUCUACGAUGACAGGAAGCUGGCUUGUCAUUAUGUGCACUCGAGAGAGUUCAUUUUUGAUAUGAUAGCGCUGAUACCGUUAGAUCUGCUGCAGUUGAAGAUGGGCACACAUCCGCUAUUGCGUUUUACGCGCUUUUUUAAAGUAUAUCGAUCUGUGAGAUUUUAUUACAUCGUAGAGAGUAGAACAGUUUGGCCAAAUUUAUGGCGUGUUGUUAAUCUAAUUCAUAUCCUGUUAAUAUUGGCCCAUUGGUUCGGUUGUUUCUAUUUUUUACUCUCCGAAGCGGAGGGCUUUCAGGGUGACUGGGUUUAUCCCUAUAGACCGGGAGACUAUGCGACGCUGACACGCAAGUAUUUGGGCAGCCUGUACUGGUCGACCCUAACGCUGACCACAAUCGGGGAUCUGCCCACGCCCGAAACGAAUGCUGAACCGAACUUUUCGGUGGACGGCCCUCGAUCGAUACCAAGGCGUGGCAUUAAAUCACGACUGCUACAGUUCGGCUCUAGCUAUGGAUAUAUUUUUACGAUCGUUAGUUAUUUGAUUGGCGUGUUCAUCUUUGCGACUAUUGUGGGCCAAGUGGGCAAUGUGAUAACAAAUCGUAAUGCCAAUCGUCUGGAGUUUGAGCGUUUACUCGAUGGCGCCAAGACCUAUAUGAGACAUCACAAGGUGCCUGGUGGCAUGAAGCGCCGUGUACUGCGCUGGUACGACUACAGCUGGUCGAGGGGCCGCAUUCAGGGUGGCGGCGAUAUAAAUACGGCGCUUGGUUUGCUGCCGGAUAAACUGAAAACCGAAUUGGCCUUACAUGUUAACCUAAGCGUACUGAAGAAGGUGACCAUAUUCCAAGAGUGCCAGCCGGAAUUUUUGCACGAUCUGGUGCUGAAAAUGAAGGCAUAUAUUUUCACGCCCGGCGAUUCAAUAUGCCGUAAGGGCGAGGUUGCCCGCGAAAUGUUCAUCAUAGCCGAUGGCAUCUUGGAGGUGCUUAGCGAGACGGGCAAAGUGCUGACCACCAUGAAGGCGGGUGAUUUCUUUGGCGAGAUCGGCAUACUCAAUCUGGAUGGGCUCAACAAACGAACUGCGGAUGUGCGAUCCGUGGGCUAUUCGGAGCUGUUUUCGCUAUCGCGCGAGGAUGUGCUGGCUGCGAUGAAGGACUAUCCGGAUGCUCAGGAGAUUCUACAGACUCUCGGACGCAAGCGUCUCAUGGAGGUGCGAUGCGUCAACAAGAAGUACGCCAAGGCGGCUCUCGAAAAGGAGAAUGCCGCCUUUGCUGCCGCCCAUCCGCAUAUGCCACACCCACACCAACACACACAUAGCCACCACCAUCAGGUGCAUCAGAGCGACAGCAGCGAAAACAGUGCCUCCAAGAAGAUUGUCGACAAACUGAAGCACGAUGUAAAAGGCUUUCGCAAUGUGCUCAAAAAAUCCAGAACGUCGAGGAAGAGCGAUGAAUCACUGGAAAUGCAACCGCUGCACAAUACCUCACCGCGCGGCAGCAAGAUAAUGCUGAAGCGGAUGUCCCGCGUCCGCUCCGAUGAGAAACAGGAUGCGGAUAGUGCCGAGGCAAGGGAUGAGCUGCACGAUAAGACGCCCAGUCCGAUUGGGGCGGGGCUGCCAUUGUUGCAGCGACUGCGUCUGCUCAAGGAGAAGCAGGAAUCGAUACAGGAAGAGCCCGAACGCGAGUUCAACGAAGGCUUUCCUCUCAUCCAGAGAUUGCAGCAGUUGAAAAUUAAAAACGAGCCACAAACGAGCGCCAGCAACGAGUCCGCCGGCGUCGUCGUCAUGGCACACACACCGCCCAACAUCAGCAGCAAGGUCGACUUUGGAGCUACACAAGCCGGUAGUGCAGCACCACAAACGCUGACCGUCACCCAAAUCAAGCCCAUGAUGAAGGUUUCGUUCAAGCAGAAGAUACAGCAGCUGCAGGGAAUUGUGCCGGCGUUGCCAAGCAGCAGUAGCACAUCCAUUGGCACUGCCGGCACUAUCGGCAAAAAGGAGCCACCCAAAUCGCUAGCUGUGGUGGCUACGCACUCGAAAACGGCAGCACUACCACUGCCACUGGAGGGGGCAGCAGCAGUAGCGGGGGGUGGUGGUGGUGGUGGUGGUGCUAUUGCUGUACCCAUAGCCAGCAUAUCGAAAAAAGUGAUGAGACCGUCCCAGAGGCUGAUAACACCGCAGCAAUCGGACACAGAUACGGAUGGCACGCCCAUCAAGCCCUGGUCCAAGCUGAAACUGGCCACACUUAUGUCAUCCAGCUAUACGAGUUUAACCAACUGUUCACCCGACGAUCUGGCAACGCCGUUAAAGAACUGCUCCCUCAGCAAUAUACCGCAGCACAUGGACAGCAGCACAAGCUACCGACCAAGGCACCACAGUGCGCGCAGCUCCCGCUCACCCCGGCACAGUGGUCACAGUGGUCACAGCUACAGUCACGGUAAUGGUCACGGCCACGGCCACGGUCACGGUCACGGUUACGGUCACGGCGGUGGCAACGGCUCUAGUUCGAGCCCAUCGGUCACAUCAAGCACCCGCAGCACGUUGAGCACACAACGGGACUUGCAAAAGCCGGAACAGAAGCUGCCGGCCGAUGGCGAUGCACCGCAACGUAAGUUGUAUCAGAGUGUAUUUGAUCUGUCGCCAGAAUACUGCGGAUUGCCGUUUGUGAAGAGACUGAAGAUAUUGAAUGAGCGACAGAAGCUGGCCGAACUGGAGAAGGCGCUGCAGACGCGCAGUUUCAGUCUGGACUGCUCCAAGUCCAGUAAUAACAACGAAGUGCCAAUUUCGGAAUCAUUAUAUCGCUGCUAUAGCGACACAUCCGGCAUCUAUUCGCAGUUUCUCAGCACGUACGAGUCCACGACUAGCUCAACAUCAAUUUCGACCAAUACAUCCGCAUCCGCAUCCGCAUCCGUAUCCGCUUCCGCCUCGGAUAGCAAUUCAAAACAGCAGCAACAACAGCAGCAGCAGCAGCAGCAUUUGCAACAUCAACUGGAUUAUAUGCCACUGAGUCCCGAAUCGAAUGAAACCGUUGAACGGCGCAAGCUCAAAAGCAUAUUGAAGAAACUGCAGAAGAGUGGACCUUCUGCUGAUCCAAGUGGCGAUGGUGAUGCCCAAGACGAGGCGAAUGCCCAGACCCAGACCCAGACCCAGAUCCAGGCACAGGCACAGACACAGACCCAAGCCCAGUUACAGGCGAAGGUCAAGCUGGCGAGGGGGCUGCUGAUGGAGCCAACCUUGGAAGGCCCGCCAGCCACUGCCAAAGAGGAGCUGCACUUUGUUGCUGCCCUCGGCAACAACGGCAGCAACAGUAAAAACAACAACAGUCGUAACGGUAACGGUAACGGUAACGGCAACGGUACGGGUAACGGUACGGGCAACGGUACGACGUCAAUAGAGAAUCUAACUGGCAUAUUGUUGCCAGAUCCGUCGUCAGUCUGGUCGCCGACGUUGGCAUUGGUAACGCCAACGAAUUCGCCGCAAGAAUGUUUUGCAUUUGAGCCGCAAUUGGGCGAUGGCGUCAUCGCUGGCGUUGGCAACGUUUCAACGUCAACGUCAAACGCAUCCACAUCUGCGACCGCAUCCGCAUCCGCGUCCGCGUCUGCAUCAUAUGUGGUUGAAUGCUCCGCUAUUGCGUCGUCAUCGUCAUCGUCGAACAAAAUACUCUCACAGAAUACCGAAUUUCAUGCACAACAAUCCACAACAUCCACAGAUUUGAAUUUGAAUUUGCAGCUCCGACAGAAUACGACAAAUGCGACAAUGUCUCAAAGUCAAGCGGGUCAAGUCCCAAAAUUGGAAGGCUUUCCAGAGUCACAGGACUACUUCAAUCAAAUACUGAGUGGCAUCAAUCACGUGAUCAAAACGCACAUGAACGAAAUGCACUCAAAGUUCGAGUCACAAUUCUCGAAUAUGGCCGGCGAGGUGCGUCGCCGGGAUGCGAUAAUUGCCCAGCUGCAGCUCAAACUGCGAUCCAUCGAACAGAAAUCAACCCUGGCAACCUCCAGCAGCAGCACAACGCGUCGCCUGAGGCGGGAGAAGCUCCCACAGCUAUCCGUCGACGAUGAUGAGCCGGCCGAGCAGGAUAAUAGCAGUUCUGGCUCCUCCGCCGAGCUGCUCUUCAUGCGUGGCGAUUCGCUGGACACUGUUUUCACAUCAUCGCCUCCCAUUCAGGGCGGUCGUCGAAGCAUAUCGCCAGGUCCCAGCCGGCAUCAUGCGGCCUCCGCGAACGCCUUGAACUGCCCGAGCACCUUCUACAGCGGACCGGGCAACCUGACGACUCGGCAUGCCCAGAGUCAUCCCAGCUUCUAUGCGGCGCACGGCAACGGGCGCAGUCGAGCGGGCGGCCUGCCCGGCUAUCGUGACUGGCACGAGCAGGCGAUGAGUGGCAGCGGCAGCGGCAGCAGCAUGACGGUACCGGAGGGCAGCAGCAGUACUAUGGGUGGCGGCAUGAUGGUGUCUGAUGUUACGGGCAAUCUGCAAAGGUUGUCGGAUAGCGUCAUCUUGGACAUCGGCGAAAGCUCCAGCUCCAGUUCGUCAUCCAGCAAGGUGAACAUUGCCGCCGAUGACGACGACGACGAUGACGAGGCUGAGGAUGAGCUGAGCGGUGCGGCGUUAGUCAGAGCAACCGGUGGCAGUAGUAGCAGUACCAGCGCCAGCACCGCCAAUGAUUGGGAGGUGCAAAUGCUGGCCGCCGAAAUGGAGCGGCAGGAGCGACGGCGCGGACAUUCGCUCUCUGAUAAUCUCGGGGAGCUGCGGCACUGCAGUACCUUUCUGCGCAGGCGUCGCAAGUUUAGUGACACCGAAACCGAAUACAGUGAAACCGAUCCCGAUGAGCGACUGGCCGCUAGUGGCAGCGGCGCUGCAACUGCUGCCGGUAGUGCAACAGCUGCCAGUAGUGCAACUGGUGGCAGUAGCGCAACUGGUGCUGCUGCUGCUGCCACCUCAUUGGCUGUGCCAAGUGGCAGCAAUCGACCGCGUGCCUCGAGUCUGGAUCAGUUCAACCUGCGCUAUGGCAUUGGACGUGGCAUAUUUAAAGCAAUGAGCAUCGAUCGUGAUAAAGACAAGCUUUGAGUAUUAUAAUCUCAACCACCCACAGCAGCAACAACAGCAACAACAACAACCACAGCAACAGAUAAGAACAAAUAAACAAUAAGCUAAGCAAUACAAUGUUACAAUAGGUACAAAAAAUCACACAGAAACCACGAUAUACAAGCUAACUGAAGUGAAGAGCAUUAAAAGAUAU